UGAUAUUUUUUUAACCUAACAUUUUCAUGUGCGUGUUUGUUUUAGAGGUUAAAACGGAGUUUACAACGAAUUUAAAAUGAUUAAAGAAAGAAAUAAAAUUGAAAUUGUUUACAAAGGAGGUGGUAAUUUAAUUUCAUUAGCACCAAUUUUCUCAAAGGAUGGAAGCACUUUGUAUGUUGCAAAACCUUAUAACAUAAUUAGUUAUAAUGUAGAAACGGGGAAUAAAAUCCUUGAAUUUCCACGGACAAAAAGUGAAAUAAUUGGUUUUAAUGUAAAUGUAUUAAAUGAUGAGGAACAUGUUAUUGCAUGCACUAAAAAUGGAUCUAUCAUCCUGUGGAAAACGACGACUGGAUUGAAGCUAAGAGAAAUAAAAACAAACGUAAAAAAAGUUGUCUAUUUUAAAACUUUAACUACAUUUGAUGACGACAACAACGAAAUAAUUAAUGCUUUUAUUUGCUUUGAAAAUGAAUCAACCAAAAAAUACAACUUUAAGUUGACUAAUUUAGACACAAAUGAGUCAAAAAUAAUUAAGUUUAACUUAAAAAUUAAGAAAAAGGUACAUAUUGAUGUAGCAAAUGAUGGUUCGUUUAUUGCCGCCGUACAAGAUUCAAAAUUAUUUUAUUAUCAAAUUAAUAUAAAUGUAUUACGAAGACACUUUAUAAAAGACAGAACAUUUACGUUUGUUCUUUGCCAUCCAACAGAAAAUGUUGUUUUAACUGGUGAUAAUACAGGACGUGUUGUACUAUGGCAAAAUCUUUUAGAAAAGAAUCCAACACAAUCAAAUUAUCAUUGGCACACUUUACCUGCUAAAACUGCGUGUUUUUCAAGUUCAGGGACGCAAUUUUACUCAGGAGCGUCCGAAUGUGUUUUAGUUAAAUGGAUUGUUAAUAGCAAUCAUCAAAGUUUUCUUCCAAGAUUACCUGGGUUUAUUGAACACAUUUCUAUCGCUUUGAACAAUCAAUUUAUUGCAGUAUCAACAAGCGAUAAUGCAAUACACAUUGUAACUCCUCAAUUAAAAAUUAAAAAUACAAUUCAACAUUUGGUCAUAUCAGAUGAACUCGCUUCUGAUUUGGUUUUUGAUCCUCGAAGUAGAAGUUUAAUUUUUAAUGGAAUUUCGGGACAUGUUCAAUUUUUUUCACCAAAAAAUUUAGAGUUGAUACAUAGUAUGGAUGUAAGUGGUAAAAACAAAUAUACAAACGAACGAGAUACAUUGAUUGUUAAUUUGGUUAUUACAAAUGUCGUUCUUGAUAAAACCGGACGUUGGAUGGCUACUGUGGAAGAAAGAAAAGAUCCUGUUGUGUUUGAAUCGCGGUUAAAAUUUUGGUUUUUUGAUGAAACUCAACAAAAUUUUAUUUUAAAUACUUCAAUCGAAUUUCCACAUGAAGGCUCCGUUAAAAAUGUUGCAUUUCAACCCUCCAAUGAUGAAAAAGAACUUUACUGUGUAACUAUUGGUGAAGAUUUAAAAUUUAAACUUUGGGAAGUUAUACCAAUUAAAACUGUAUAUCGUGAAGGACUGAUUUGGGAAUGUGCGGGCGAAAUGUCUUACAGAAAUUUAACACCCAACGUUUCAUCAUUUUCUUCAGAUGGUUCUUUACUUGCGAUCGGUUUCGAAUCGAUUGUAACAACUUGGUUACCAGAGAGUUGUGAAUUAAAAUGUUCUCUACGUCAUCCAAUUCACCAAAAUGACCUUUGCCAUGUAUCUUUUGGUGCAGAUCACCGACAAUGUCAUCUUUUAUUGACGGCGUCGAAAAAUUUCGUUUGUGUUUGGAACUUGCUCACUUUAUCGAUGGUUUGGAGUGUUAAAAUCGACGUUCAUGGUGUUAUAUCUGACAUUAACUGUUCAUAUAAAGCCGUCUUUACACCAGAUAAUAAAUUAUUCGUUUUCGACUUGAACUCUCCAGAUCCAGUAUAUUUUAUGGAGAAACUUAAAAAUGUUUCUGAUGUUGCAGCGGCGACUUUUGUGCCGAAAAGUUCAGUUACUUCUGAUAUCAAUCGUUGGGAUCAUCGAUUAUCUAUUUUUAUUUUGACAUCAAAUUUUGAAUUAUUUGCUAUAGAAUCAUCAGAUGAAGAUUUAACAGUAAAUAAUUUACAAAUAAAAGAGGACCACUCAUUCUUUAAAAAUAUUCUUCCCGAAAUAAGAAACGUAUUUUUAAAAGACCAGGGUCAAAUUCAUGCUUACUCGAAAGACUUGAGAGGAAAAAAAUUACAACAGUUAUUAGAUACUCCAGUACCUUCAUUACAACUUUCGUUCGUUUGUGAAGACAUUUUAGUUGAUUCAUUAGUGCAAGAAGAUCCUUCACUUCCUAAUAGAAGAAAUCCAGACAACAUUGCUGUUGAAGAAAAAAGGGUUAUUGAUGAAAAUGUUAAUAAGUUGAUAAUUAAAAAUGAAAGUUUAACUAAAAUUUGUGAUGAAAAAAUGACGUGGACCUCAGUAUUGGUAUGAAGAAAAUAAACAAAAUGCAAUGAAAAUGA